AUGCAAGAGGAAUCGGAAGUGUGCAUCGUCCACCAUCUUACACGAGAACAAAGCGAAUCCCUUCAAUUCAAAGACGAAUCAAUGAAGCUGGGAACACUUCUUACGUUACUCCUGAUCAUUACUGCAGUCUCUGUGGAGGCCGGUUUCGGAUCAAGGCUAAGGAAGGGGCUGAGGAAAAUUGGUAGACCGUUCGAAAGAGGCGUAAAGAAGGUGGCCGAAAUUGCUGCUGCAGGUGUGGCAGGGAAAGCGAUUUUAUCGGUCGCUGCCGGAAGACGUAAAAGGUAUGACUAUGAAGAAUACGUCAGCAUGUACAGUGAGCCGUUGUUUGUGGAAGAAUUGGGGCGAUUGUCUCUUACUGUUUCAAAUUGA